AUGCUGCGGAAGCUGCUUCAGCAGUGGAGCGUCGCGGUGUUCCUGCUGAGCUACUCGGUGCCCUCCUGCGGGCGCUCGGUGGAGGGGCUCGGCCGCCGGCUCAAAAGGGCUGUGUCAGAGCACCAGCUCCUCCAUGACAAGGGCAAGUCCAUCCAGGACCUGCGCCGCCGGUUCUUCCUGCACCACCUGAUCGCAGAAAUCCACACGGCCGAAAUCAGAGCUACCUCCGAGGUUUCCCCCAACUCCAAGCCUGCUCCCAACACCAAGAACCACCCGGUGCGGUUCGGCUCUGAGGAUGAGGGCAGAUACCUAACUCAGGAAACCAACAAGGUGGAGCAGUACAAAGAGCAGCCCCUCAAGCCGCCCGGCAAGAAGAAGAAAGGCAAGCCUGGCAAGCGCAAGGAGCAGGAAAAGAAGAAACGGCGGACCCGGUCGGCCUGGCCUGGUUCGGGGACGGCCGAGAGCGGACUGGACGAGGACGGCGACUUCCACCUUUCCACCUCCCCGCUGGGUUCUACUUUUCAGUACAACACUAUUGUGAGGUUUGAAAGUAAAAGAAAAACAUCACAAGAGCACAUCAGAUGUAACUAA